AUGAAAGUUACAUCUUCACUCGCGUACUUGCUGCUUGCAGCUACGGCAUCAUGCCAGCACGACGGCGGCAACCGAGAGGCCGAUAGUCCGGACGUUACAGCGACACAACCUAUGUUGACUACGGCAUUCAGUUCAGCUUCUCCGUCCCACGUUGGUCAAAAUUCCAAAGACAUCGCCGAUGCCUCUCCUCUAGUCAUUCCAACAACAGUCCCGACAACUUUCAUCACAUCCACCGAGCCCGCGCCAUCGGGAGCACUACUUGCCCCUCCAAAAGGACGGCGCCCCGCAAAUGGUCUCCCUUGGUAUACCGAAAAAGACAUCAAGAGCGUGAACACAGUCUGGUGCGUCUCCAGAGGCCACUACGACGUCUCCUACAAGCCCUUCCACGUCUGGGCCCUCGCCGGACGAAUUCACCCACGCCACAAACACAAAUUCGUCUUCCAUAGCCUUAUGAAAGAGGAGCCAGUAGGGGGAGAAUACGAGAUCAUACCCCGAACCUACCGCGUCACGGCCAAUGACUACCUGCCGGACGUCGUGGACGUGAAAGAUCUGCUCUGCAUGUACAUCAGGUCGAGAAACUUUGGCGAGAUCCGGCCGGAUAUCGAGACUGCUACAAAUGCCAUAUUGGCCAAGAUUGACGAUCACACAUUGUUGAAAAUCAUGAGCUACCCCACCGUUGUCAAGGUCGAGUCUCUCUUCAACAUACACGGCGAGCCUCAUCCGAACGAUUGGAAGAACCAGCAUGAUGAUAGGCCCUUGAAACCGGUGAAGCAGAAGCCCAUCCCUGUACCGACGUUGCUCCCAUGA